CACACGGAGCGCGUGCAGUCGCUCUCUGUCGGUUGUAACAGCGGAACGUUACCGGCACGCGGUACUUUUAAACUCCGUGGAUAAAUAUCGGCUCACACAAGGUGUAAAAGUUUUUUAGCGACGUGUCUGAAUCUUCUGAGAGAGAAGAAAGAAACUGAAGGAGAAGAAGAAGGAGUUUACAGCCGAGUGUGUCAGCUUACUCAUCAAGAUAAAGAGAAUAAUGUGUGCAUGAAAGAGCCCCAGACAGAGAGGAGGACAGAUGUUUAUCAUGUUUCACGUCUACACAGCAUAGUUGGUCUCACUAAACAUCCCUGAUUUCUUUAAGGCCACAUAAUGGUAUCAAAAGGUCAGACUUCCCCUUUUCUGUCAGGGGAUUUCUUAUUUAUCCCAAACUGAGGAGCCGUACUUCUUCACAGUAACUUAAACAUUACCAAAAACAUGCUUCCUAGUGAAUCAUGCCAUAACAUCACCUGCAAUACCACUCUGACUGUUGAUGGCGAUGGCACUCCGGUAACAAGCACCAUCAUGUUCCUGGCUGCUGUGGUUGGAAACCUUCUGGCUCUCUUCAUCCUCGGCGUGCACCAGAAGGAACAUCGCUCCAGGUCCUCCGUCUUCUGCAUCCUGGUGACCGGCUUGGCCCUCACUGACCUGCUGGGCACCUGCAUCCUCAGCCCCAUGGUGUUCAUCUGCUACGCCCGCAACUUAUCCCUGAUCGGGCUGGGUGGUGAAAGCCUGUGCAAACUCUUCGGCUUUGCAGUGAUUUUCUUCGGCCUGGCGCCCACACUCAUCCUGUGUGCCAUGGCUGUGGAACGCUGCCUGGCUCUCAGUCAUCCUUACUUUUACUCAGGGCACAUUCGCCGCAGCUUUGCAAAAUUCACCCUUUUCUUUAUUUAUCUAUUUUCUUUGACUUUCUGCCUCCUGCCAUAUGCUGGCUUUGGCAAAUUCAGACAGUACUGUCCUGGGACGUGGUGCUUCAUCGACAUGGAUGCAACAGGAGAUGUGCGGGCCAACAUUGUGAGAGCCUUCUCCGUGUCCUACUCCUCACUCAUUUCUCUGCUGAUCCUGGCUGUGUUUGUGUGCAACGGCUCAGUCAUUGUCAGCCUCUGCAAGAUGCACAGAAACCAGCUGAUGAGACGCGGCUCGGUCGGGUCAAACGCGAGGAAGAGGAAGCUGAGUUUGGCCUGGUUUGGACAGGGAGAAGAGGAGAUGGACCACCUGGUGCUGCUUGCUCUCAUCACAGUCAUCUUCGUUGUCUGCUCCCUGCCGCUCACGAUCGCUGGCUUCAUCAACGCCAUUCAUCCAUUCUGUGGAGACACGGAGAACCUGACCGCCUUCCGCUUCUACGCCCUCAACCCCAUCGUGGACCCCUGGGUAUUCAUCAUCUGCCGCAAGUCCGUGUUUCGCCACCUUCGCUCACUGCUCAGCUGUCACUUAGGCAGACGAGCGGUGAAGACGACGGCACACUGUGCCCUGUCUUUACCUCUCGACCAUCACAUACGGGCCAAUCCUCCUGAUGUGACACUUCCUCAGACCAACAUAUACCCCAGUGUAGCCCUGUGACCCACAGAAGCCCUCUGCUCCACAGGGUGAGCAGAGGCCUGGAGGCUUUAACGUCUGAUCAUUCAGUGAAAACAGUUUUGAAUGAAACAUUUGGGUACAUGUUUCAUCUGAAGCCAUAAAGACUGGGAUGAAGAAGACAGAAAUCUUAGGUUUGUGGCUGUUAAAGUUUCACUUUGAACUAACUUUGAAAAAAAUGAUUGCACUGAAGGUCUUAAACUUCAAAUGAAUGAUGGACGCUGUUUCAGAUUGUGCUGUAAACUAAACAGCAUUAUGAAAUUCAUCAAAACGUAUCCUGUCAUGGGUAAUAUACUGCAAAUUGACAAUGUAUGCACUCAAUUUACCUCUGUGGGUAAACUAUAUGCAUGAAUGUAUUCUCACAAUUUUCUUUUUGCUCUGUCCUUAACAAAGGUCGUAGUUCAGAAUAUUAUUAUUGUAUAUAAUUAUAAAACAAUGUUAUGUAAUUAUAAGUAUAAUUUAUCAGCUACGCUUGAGCAGGAUCUAUAAGAGAGGCAUAUUUUAUUUAAGUUAGACGAUUUGAAUAACAGAAUUCAAACCUUUAAGUUUCCCAGAUAAGAUUUUCUGUAUUACAGGUCAAAUAACAGAAAUAGCAACCUAAUAUCUAGAACACCUUAUUGCUUAUACCACCAAACGAAGAAUCAUUAGCAAAUGCUAAACGUUAUUGUCAGCACGCAAACAUAUUCACAGUGAGAAUGCAAAGUGGCUCACAUGCUGUUGAUCUAAACUUUUUAUCUGCACUAAAAUUGUUAUUAAAAAAAGCAAGGACCACCAAAUGAAGCUGAGGCUUAGGGUAAUGUUGCAUAGUUUUUGUCAUACACCAAAGCACCGAAUAAUAUAAAAAUGUGACCGUUUAAUAGCUUUAAAGGAGAAGUUAAAAAGUAUAAAGUAAUUUUUGUUUAUUCUCUUUGUGCCAUAGGAAACUGAACAAAAUAUAACAACAACUAACCCCUAAUUUCCACUGACUUCAAGAACCAUGCAGUCUCCAUUUACAAACAUUUAUGACACAAAAUGGGUCGUUCUGAAGAGCUCAGUGAUUUCAAGUGUGGUACUGUGAUGGAUGCCACCUUUGCAAUAAGACUGUUGUGAAAUUUCAUCCCUGCUCUAUAUUACAGUCAGCUGUAAAUUAUGUUAUUAGAAAGUGGAAGCAUUUAGGAACAACAGCAGCUCAGCCACAAAGCGAAAGGCCACCUGGAAUCACAGAGUGGGGUCAACAACUGCUGAGGUGCAUGGUGCAUAAGCCUCCAGCACUCUGCUGAUUCCAUAGCCCAAGAGCUGUGAACUUCCACUGGCAUUACUGUAACUGCAAAAACGGUGUGAUGGGAGCUCCAUGGAAUGGGUUUCCAUGGCUGAGAAGCCUCACAUUACCAAGUUCAAUGCCAAUUAUCCUAUGGAAUGGUGUAAAGCACAUCGAAACUGGACUGUGGAGCAGUGGAAACGUGUCCUGUGGAGUGUGAAUCACACUUCACUGUUUGGCAGUCUGGGUUUGGCGGAUGCAGGGAGAACAUUCCCUGCCUGACUGUAUUGUGCCAACUAUUAAGCUUAGUAGAGGAGGAAUUAUGGUAUGGGGCUGUUUUUCAGGGUUUGGUCUAGACCUCUUAUCUCCAGUGAAUGCCAAUCUUAAUGCUUCAGCAGACCGAGGCAUUUUGGACAAUGCUAUGCUUCCAACUUUGUGGCAGUUGGGGAAGGCCCUUUUCUAUUCUAACAUGACUGUACCCCAGUGCACAAACAAGGACUAUAAAGACAUGGUUUAAUGAUUUCUUUAUGGAAGACCUUGCUGGCCCACACAGAGCCCUGACCUAAACUCCUGACCUAAACUCCAGCGAGCUUAGGAUAAACUGGAACAAAGAUUGUGAGCAACAAAUUCCCACAAAAACACCCACAAUCUUCUGGAAAGCCUUCCAAGAGGAGUGGAGGCUGUUAAAGCUGCAAAAGCCGGACCAACUCCAUAUUAGCCUACAUGUAUUUGUAUUUGUAUUUGCAAUGUCAUUACAGUCCCUGACACUUUACAUGGUCAGGUUUCUGAAUACUUUUGUCCAUAUAGUGUACAUGCCAGGUCUUUGGCCACUACCAUAAUGCAUCAGUCCAUGUAAAGCAGAUCCAACCAAACAGGAGGAAGAACAAACGAAGUGUCCAGUCAACUUCACAAUGUGAAGACUUACGACUGUAUAUCUCAUCACUACUUCAACAUCACGUCUCCUCCUGUGGAAAAAGCCACAAGUCAUCAUUCAAUCAGAGGAUCACGGGCUGUGUCCACUUCUUACACAUUGUCUGUGUUUUUUAGCCAUUUAAUUAACAUGCAAACAUCAUGGAUAUUGUGACCUUUUUUAGUGGUUUUGUAUGAGUCAGGAGACUCAAGCUUCUUGGAAAUCUGAAUGUCUGCAACAGAUUUCAUGGCCAUCAAUUUAACAGCUGUUGAAAUAAAUCAGUCCAGACUCUGCUGUCGCAAAAGCAAAAAGAUCAUUCUUUGAAGACGCUCAAAAAAAGGGUGAAACAAAUAAACACACAAGUUGAACCUGGAUGAGCUCAUGUGGGACUUUUGAGCCUGAGUUUGCUCCAGCUGUGUUACUUUUUGAUCUUUGAAUCUUUUUUUUUGCUACUGCAAGUACUUUUGAGACUCUUAAGGCUUGUUUCCUUUACUGUGAUUCACCAAAUGUUCCAGUUUUAUUCCUGCACCUGUAAGAGAUACAACCAGUACUCUGAAUCUUGGGCAAGAACACUGUUAAAAAUGCCACAUUUUCAGUAAAUUUUAAAAAAGAAGUGGUUAUGAAAAAGGUCCCAUCUUAUCUCUUAAUUCUUUGCACUGCAUGAAACAUUUGAUUUCAUCCCUCCUUUACCUUAUCACUGAUUUCUAAGCUACCUGAUAACCUGUGAAUGUUUUUAAGUCUUGUAUUUCAAAAAUGCUGCAAAAAGCACCGUGAGAAUGUCUUUUGUUUGUAUUUUGAUGCUGUAGCUGCAUUAAAUGUGGUGUAUUUAUGGCUUUUGCACUGUGCUAUGAUGGUGUGUAUCCUAACAGUUGAAUUGCUUUGGUUCAUUCAGUGGAGUACAAAAAUAUUCUGGUAACAGAUGUGGUGUUCAAGCACAUUCACGUUUUUGCUUUAAAGUCUGAAAAGUCUUAGUCAUGCAUGACCCUAGGUGAGUCAGUGAGAUACGUUCCCACUCGCAUAUGGUCUUUGAGGGUAUAAAUGUGAGUUGUAUAGUGUAAAAAAUUAUUCUUUAUAUGGUGCACAUUUUGUUCAUGUGGAAUAAAGUAUUGAUAAAAGAAAAAAGGCUGAGCUGACGCCUAUGUCUGUUCACAGAGAAACAGAUUUGUUUAGGGACUGUGAUAUUUAACAGUCCUACCUGUUAAAACAUACCGUUCUCGACGUAGUUUGUGAGCGUCAGGAGACUUCGCUGUGCGAUUACAGUUCAUGAAAAAGAAGCAAUGACAAGAUAAACAGAAGAUCAUCAUGUUUAAGUUGAGAAUGUGAUUUGUUUUGAUUGUCUGAAUGCUAACGUAGGUCUCGACAGUAUAAACUUACGUCAUUGUGUAGUGUCUAAGGAAUGUUAAUAAACUGACAACUACACACCAAAAAUAUGAUUGUGGAGAUUAUUGCAGCACAUCAACUAGGGCUUUCACCAAUAAUGAAUUAAUUGUGAUGUGAUUAAUGUCCAUAAUUCUGCAUGUAUAUAUAUUUAAUAGCUUGAUUUCACUUUCAGCACACUGCAACAUCUGCAACAAGGACAACACCACUCCUUAAUGCCAAGUCAAGUCAUCUGCACCUUGUGAUAUUAAACAUUUCAU